AUGACAAUGAAACGUAUUCGAGAAAUAACAAAAAUAAUAUGUAGGGUUGGCAGUGUUAAAUCAAAUUCACAAAUAAGAAACAUUCACACAACGCAAACUCUGUGCCUUGGAAUGAUACCAAUAGUUGUCGAACAGACUGGAAGAGGAGAACGUGCGUACGAUAUUUACUCAAGAUUGCUACGGGAACGAAUUAUAUGCCUCAUGGGUCCUAUAAACGACGAGAUCAGUUCUUUGGUUGUAGCUCAAUUACUGUUCCUCCAGUCAGAGUCGAGUAAAAAACCUGUACAUUUGUACAUAAAUUCACCGGGUGGUAAUGUUACUUCGGGUCUCGGUAUUUACGAUACCAUGCAGUAUAUCACACCUCCAGUUGCAACAUGGUGUGUCGGUCAAGCAUGUAGUAUGGCAUCAUUGUUGUUAGCUGCGGGUGCACCUGGAAUGAGGCAUGCCCUUCCCAAUUCGCGUAUAAUGAUUCACCAACCUUCUGGUGGAGUUAGAGGGCAAGCUACUGAUAUACAAAUUCAAGCAGAAGAGAUAUUGAAGCUCAAAGCACAAAUUAAUAAUUUGUUUGUGCGACAUACUGGCCUCCCUGCUGAAAAAGUUCAGAGUUCCAUGGAGCGUGAUAAUUUCAUGUCACCAACAGAAGCAAAGACGUUUGGUCUAAUUGAUAAUGUAUUAGAACACCCUCCAUCACAUGCCAUGGAAAAGGAAUGCGCAGCUGCAAGUGGGACUGGGAAUACAGGGGGGAAUAUGUCAUAA